AUGGCCCUGCAGCUGUUAUGUCAAAUUACUAUUAUCAUCACUAUCAGCAGUCUCUGGCACAUAUCAGACACCCACAACGGAAUUGCCAGGGUAGGAGAUGAUCGAGAUCCGUCAUUCGACUCGAAAGGUUUUCAUCCGCCUGAGAUCCUGAGUUCUUCUAUUGUGUGGGCUACGAUCCCCGCUUGGAUUAUGUCUGCGUACUCGUCGCUUUGGUCUGCGAUGCUUGAUGCUCUGAAGAAAGUGCAGCCGCUGUUGGAACUCGAGAAGUCAAAUCAGAAAUCAGAUCGAUGGGUUGAAGGAUGGAAGAACAUUUGGAAAUGGUUCUUACAAAGACUGUCACCGUUAAGAAAGUCAUCUGCUCCCACAGCUCAACCGUCGCUGGGCGCAGUUUUAAAUCAUUCCACAGUGGACCGAACCCUUCUACUUGACUACGGAGAGUGGCCCGUAAUCAACGGACUUAGGGCCAUAAGUAAAGGGCAUGUUAUUCUGGGUAUCUGCCUCAUUUUACGCGCAGCACUUUGGACAGCGGGUGGUUUAACUGCUGCCAUGUUCGCAGUUGUCCUGGUACCCGCAGAAUCACAGGUAUCUCUUCGCAGCACACACUACUUUGACGAGUAUCUCAGAUGGGCAUCAGGUGUAGGCAGCAGCAACUCUUCCCUUACACCAGCUCUUGAUCUCGUCAGCGCGACUGUGCUAAGAGACGGGGAGGACUAUCCUUGGACUACGGACACGCACUCCUUCUUACCGUACCUUCCUGUUUCAUGGGAUGGUCCCGGUAACUAUAGCUUUGAUACCGAGGCAUACUCGGCGACUGUUCAGUGUAACGUCACCACCGAAGAGGACCUGGCCCGAGUGGGCGGCAUUCGAUCAGUUGUGGAAGAAGAAGACGAGCUCAACUCUUCUCAGUUGCAAUUGGGCUUCAAGUCUGGGGGCUGCAACGUCGAAAAGUCGUACCUGGUAACGAACAAUACUAUACUGUAUGCGAGGACAUGGCAAGUUGACUGUAAUCUGGGUAACGGUCGAGCCAAGCUUGGCAUGCUUUCAGGUGUCUACAACAGUACAGCGAAGUUCCGACUGUCUAACCUGAGCGUUAUCACAUGUCAACCUCUGAUAUAUAAAUCUCGUGUGACUCUGAACAUGGCAUUUACAAACAAUACGAGAGCGCCGAAGAUAAUUAGCGUUUCUGAACGGAACAAACAGCAGAUAUGGCCAUUCUUUAUUUCCGCGUGGUUGCGCAAUAUCCCUCUUUACUCGGUUUUCGAUCCGACCGUCUACAACGACAUGGAUACUUUUUCACGUCUCGUGAUUGGCCACGCAUCCGGCAGGCCAAUUCUUAACGACCUGCCAGAAAAGGAUCGAAUAUCCACAUCCUUUGAAAAAGUCUUUGCGGCAUUAUUCUCCAACUUUGUGACGCUUCAAGCAUACUCCAGCGCGCCUACAAAGAAGAUUACUGGUACUGUAUCACGAUUGGAACGCCGGCUAUUUGUUGUAUGGACCGCUUCAGCUGCAAUAGUCGCCAUUAUUGUUGCGACUCUCGUUACUACUAUUAUGCUGGCCGCUCACUUGUACCGCCAGCGUCAUAUUCUUGAACGUUAUCUUGAUCUUAUGCUGGGUACCGCGCUAUUACUGCGUGACGCCAGUAGUAGUGGGCUUGAGACCUAUCUUGAGGAGCUGAUAAGCAGGGCCGGGGGAAAGGGAGGAGGAUUGGAAAACAUUAACAUAGUGGAGUUUGCUAAACACGAGUCGGAUCUGAGGAACAGGCAUGUAUUGGUAGAUGGGACACCCAGAAAGCUUAAGGUUCAAUAG